AUGAACAUGGACAUGGACCUGAACAUGGACCUGAACAUGAACAUGGACAUGGACCUGAACAUGAACAUGAACACGAGCUGGACGGAGAACGGUUCUGUCGGCCCCACGAGUUGGACAGGGAACGGUUCUGUUGGCCCGACGGCCGCUGCAUGCAUCUCCUUCGGACAGGAUGUGGUCAAUGAGUUCGUGGAUUCGUCCUUCGCGAAGGACAAACAUCACGUGAUCGUGUUCCUGGGCGUGGUGUGCGCGCUAGGCACCACGGGAAACCUGCUGGUCAUCCUGGUGAAUACCCGGCGGAAGGACAAGUCCUCGGCCGCCAUCUUUGUUCUGACCUUGGCCGCGGUUGACCUCUUCAUCUGUGCCCUCAAGAUUCCCCUGAAGAUUGUGGAGAUGCAACACGUGACCUACACCAGCACGGUGUGGUGUAAGUCGAGCCCGUACUUCACGCUGGCCAGCCUGCUGAGCUCCGUGUUCCUGCUCACCGCCAUCGCAGUGGACCGGUACCGGGCCGUGGCGAGACCCGUCAAGUACCGCGUAGCCAACCUGACCGCCAUCGCUGUGGACCGGUACCGCGCCGUGGCCAGACCCGUCAAGUACAGGGUAGCCAACCUGACCGCCAUCGCUGUGGACCGGUACCGGGCCGUGGCGAAACCCGUCAAGUACAGGGUAGCCAGCCUGACCGCCAUCGCUGUGGACCGGUACCGGGCCGUGGCGAGACCCGUCAAGUACAGGGUAGCCAAGAACAGGAGCGUGCCCUUGCUGUGUGUGCUGACGGUGCUGGCGGGCUUCCUGCUGUCCAUCCCCGCGGUGCUGCUGCAGGACGAGGUUCCGGGAAUCCGCGUGGGUCCGGCGUGCGAGACCGUCAGCUUCUGCAGCAGCGUGGGCGGCGUCACCAACGGACGGGUCUACUUCGGCGUCACCGCCGCCGUCUUCUUCGCCUCCGUGCUGGCCAUGACCGUGCUCUACGCGCUGGUGAGUCCACGGAGCAUCCCCUGAAAAUUCUGUCGUAUUUACAGACGGCGAAAUCCUAAGUAUCUGGCACGCCGUUUUCAGGGCGUUGGUAAAUACACUUAUAAAGUUCACUGCCGCUUUGUCUUUGGGCUUUGACUGUUUCUUCCUGGAGUCCAGUCUUGGUGAUAGCCUUUGUCCGCUUCAAAUGGU